CUUACCCGAGUAGAUCACUCUCUAAACACACAAUGGCAGAAGUCGCUCCAGUCGCUCCACCCGCCGCACCGGCCCCGGCCGCCAAGGCACCCAAGAAGAAAGCAGCCAAGCCGGCGAAGAAGACCGGUCCCGGCGCCGCCGAGCUCGUCCUGAAGGCCGUCACCGCCUCCAAGGAGCGCAAAGGCAUCUCCUACGUGGCGCUGAAGAAGGAGCUGGGCGCCCAAGGCUUCGACGUCGAGCACAAAUCCGCCCUCAUCAAGCGCGCCGUGAAGGCUUUGGUCGUCAAGGGAGCCCUCACGCAGACCAAAGGCAACGGUGCAUCCGGGUCCUUCAAGGCCGCCAAGCCGGCGGAGAAGCCCAAGAAGGUAGCGGCGAAGAAGCCCGCAGCCAAAGCCAAGAAGCCGGCAGCGAAGAAGCCCGCCGCCGCCGCUAAAAAACCAGCCGCCGCCGCCAAGAAGGCGAAAGCAGCAACACCCAAGAAGGCGAAGAAGCCUGCAGCAGCAGCGAAGAAGACACCGGUCAAGAAGGCCACGAAGAGCCCCAAAAAGAAGGUGGUCAAGAAGGCGGCUGCACCCAAGAAGGCCGUCACCCCCAAGAAAGCCGCCAAGAAGGUCGCCAAGCCUAAAGCCGCCAAACCCGCAAAGAAGGCUGCAGCCAAGAAACCAGCGAAGAAGUAAAAACAAAGUCGUCUUCACCCAUCAAAAGGCUCUUUUAAGAGCCACCCAAAUGCCAUAAAGAGCCAUUUUCCCGAUGACUUUCCAUAUUUGCACUGUAUAUAUAUAUAUAUAUAUAUAAAGUAAAUUAAACUUUAUUUCAGACCCGGGGGUCCAUAUCACAAUAUUUAUAUAUAUAUAUAAUGUAACAUGGUUUAAAAUAUUUAUUAUGUUUAUAGUCAUAGUCAUUAUUUUAUCAUGAACUACUACACUGUUCACUUUUUCACUUUUGCAUCAUCAUCAUUACACAGUCUACCAUAGUAUCACCGUAUCAUGGCCAUUGCAUUUCUGUGAGAGAUUUUUUAAUUUUUAUACUUAUAUAUCUGUGAUAUGUGUGUGUUUGUGCGUAUAUGUGUGUACAUAUAUGUUUGUUGUGUUACGGUUGUCUUGCUACUGGAUGCCAAACAUGUCCUUCGGGAUCCAUAAUCUAUCUAUCUAUAACAAUUGUACAUACUUUCAGUUUGUUUUGUAUCUCAGCUCAUUAUUUAUAAUCUGAUUUCAUUGCCCUUUUGUACCUUAUCAUCCGAUAUAUCACCAUCCGAUUAUACCCGCUACUGAUAUAAACUACGGUUAAUGUAAUAUU